UCGCUUUUGCGGGAAAUGAUUUUCCUGGGGGGGAUUUCCAUUUCCAGGGAAUUCAAUCACCGCGCGCACAGCACAGUCCACCUCGAUUUCUCUAGGGUUUCCUCUCCCAUUCGAGCCGGCUUCGUCCCCUUCCUCCUCGUCGCCAUCCACCGCCGAAGUCGAGCCCCUACUUGGGCUUCGUCGCCAUCUCCGACUUCCUGUGGAGUCGCCAUCCACCGCCGAAGAAGACCAUCUCCGACUUCCUGUGACUCGCCAUCCUCCUUCGACUUGGGCUUCGUCGCCAUCUCCACAAAAGACCAGCUCUGGCUUCGUUUUCGUCUCCAUCUCCGCAGAAGACCAUCUUCGAUUUCAAGUUUAACACCACCGGCGCAUCUUCAUCUUCUUCCACGUGAGCGAUCUUGGUCUUCCGACCAUCGAUCUGGAGUCUUCGUCCACCGGAAGCGAUCUUGUUCUCUGUUUCAGCGAGUGAUCUUGGUCUCUGUUUCAGCGAGCGAUCUUCGUGUUCGCCAUCUCCGCCGAAGUCGACCUCCGAUUCCGACUUGCAGACCGCCGUUCAUCCUCGUCGCCAUCUUCGUCCACGGUAAGCUUUCGUCGCCAUCUUCACCAUCUUGGGCAAUUUUUGUUCUAAAAAUUUAUAAUUACAGAAAACUUCUCAUUUACAUAUAGAUGUUUAGGGUUGCUUUGUGGCAAUUUUUGUACUAAAAAUUUAUAAUUACAGAAAAAUUAUAAUUACAGACCAAUUUUUGUACCAUCUUGGUCUCUGUUUAGGGUUGCUUUGUCUCACAUUAUGCAUAUAAUAUUUUGUAUCAAAAUUGUGUCUCAAUGGAUAGGCAGUGGCGAUGCCACCCAUGCUAUUUUUAAUUUAAGCAUUAAUUUUACUAUUUAGUUUGUGUAAAAUUAUGUGAGUUUUUGUUCACUUUUAAUUGUGAAAAUAUUUUAUUGUGUUUGUAUUGCUCUAUGUAUGGUCUUGCUGGAAGUACCUAGUGCAUUGACUUAGACCAGUGGGUACGAUGUGUUUGUGUUUGCAUUGCUGUAUGAAAAGAAUGAGAAUAUAGGUUUAUUGCUUUCCUUAGCAAUGGUGGUUGUUUUCAUUGAGAUGCAUUAAGUACCAGCAACAUAUACGUUUCUAUGAUGAGAGGACUGCUCCCAUUUGGCAGCAUAUUCAUUGAGAUGUAUUAUGUUGAUGGCUUUAUGUUGCUGGUUUUUCUGAUCCUCAUUAUUGUUGAUGUUUGCGUUACAAUUUUGGGGGCAUAUUUGUUGUUAAAUGUCGAGAACUACCACUGGAAGUGGACUUCUUUCUUCUCUGCUGCCUCAACUGCUGUGUAUGUGUAUUUAUGCUCGAUAUACAACUACUACGUGAAGACAAAGAUGACAGGCUUCUUCCAGACUAGCUUCUACUUUGGAUACACAUUGAUGUUUUGCCUGGGUUUAGGAAUUCUUUGUGGUGUUGUUUGCUUAAGAUUGCUAUAUAAAUUAUUAUGAAAUAUUAAACUUUUGAUCUUGCAUGCUCUAUGUUUUCAUUGCCCCUUUAUGUCAAAUAUAAAUUCUGUCCAGUGUUCUGAUUUAGUAGUUCUAUUAUUUGUGCUUCUUAUUAAUUACUUGGAUCUCUCUUGCAUUUAGUAGUUCUAUUAUUUGUGCUUCUGAUUUAGUAGUUCUAUUAUUUGUCCACCAAAAUUUUCAAUAUGUAUUAAAUUGAUUUUCUGAUUUAUUGAUUUUUUGUUGUGGUUUGUUUCUGUGAAUAGAUUUUUGUUGUUGAAUUUGUUGAGAGUUGUUGCCGUGAACAGAAUUUAAUGAAAAUUCCUGUUGGGUAUGGUUUUAUAUAUGCCUUGUGUUUUUCCAGGUUCUUGAUCUUUCGAGUUGGGAGGGAUUGACUUUUGAUGUGUAUUGACCUUGGAACUUCUCUUUCGCUUGCUUUUGUUGUUUCUACAACUUUUGUUUUUGUAUUAGUAUAUGCGGGGUUUUUCGUUGAUUUAUGCAGCGUCUGAUCAUAGGUUCAUAAUUGGCAUUAUGGCAUAUGAGUUAAAGAAAAUAUGAACCUUUUGCUUUUAACUACACAACUGGUAUUGAGGGUUACAGUUUCAAAACAAGUGUCAAGAAACGAAUGAAAUGCAGAAUUCUGGUAGUGUUUUGUUCAUUAUUUGAUUUAGGACCAGAUGAGAAUCGAUAAGCCAUAUGAAUGGAUAUGGUCAUUCCGGAGUUUCAAAAGGAUUUCCAUUACAAAAACUGCGAGUGGAUCUUUUCUCAUUCUUAAUUGCUACUUUUCAAAACAUAGGUUGUGGAGUUUCCCUUUAUGAUUGAUGGAGGAUGCUGUCAGGAAGAAGUUAAAUCCUUCUGAAAGUUCAUUUGUUCAGGCAGCUCCUAUAAAACAGUUUUAUUUUGCCAUUAUCUUGUCUUUACAAUUAUUCUGGAGACCAGUAGAGUAGAUGAAUGUUGACAAUCAGCCAAAUUCCACUGGUGAGCAUGGCCUUAUACAGCUGUUUUAUGCCACCUGCAUAACUGAAAGAUUCAACUAUCUCGAGUUUUUAUGCUAUUGCUGUGCCCCCAUUUCUUUAUGCAUCCACAUGCACACCUGCGUCCCGUGUUGUGUUUCAAUCAUCACGGAAAUUAUUGUGUGAUUCUUUUUAAUGAGUUCCAUAUCUUUCACCAUCAUUUUCUGCUUUGCGGAAUUGAACCUUGAAAAGAGCUAGUUUUCGCGUAU